CCCCGCCCCCUUUUUUAUUUCUGAACAGGCAUGUUCCAGGCAGCUCACUCGACUCCUUAGGUUACUGUGGGAUCCUAGGGUCCUGAGCGUCGGACAAGCAGGAAAGCAUAUGCUAAGAAAAAGGGCUUGGAUUUAAGAAAAUCAAGCCCUGCUGGGGAUAUUUUGGGGGAGGAUCUUGGUUGUGCAGAGGGAGGAAGAGGAGGUUGUGUGGCCCGGUCGAACUUCAGGCAGCGCAAAGGCCCCCUCAGGCGGCGCCAAGGGCAGCCCCGCAGCCGGGGCCUGGUGCAGCCGCCGCGGCCGCUGUCAGGGAAGCGCAGGCGGCCAAUGGAACUCAGGAGCGGCCGCUGCUGCUGAGGCGGCGGUGUCGGCAGCCCGACUCCGACCGCCCCCACCCCCUCCGCGGGGGUCCCCCGGAGCUUGGAAGCUCGAAGUCUGGCUGUGGCCAUGGGAGACACGGUAGUGGAGCCUGCCCCCCUGAAGCCAACUUCUGAGCCCACUCCUGGUCCACCAGGGAAUAAUGGGGGCUCCUUGCUAAGCGUCAUCACGGAGGGGGUCGGGGAACUAUCAGUGAUUGACCCUGAGGUGGCCCAAAAGGCCUGCCAGGAGGUGCUGGAGAAGGUCAAGCUUUUGCAUGGAGGUGUGGCCGUCUCUAGCAGAGGCACUCCACUGGAGUUGGUCAAUGGGGAUGGUAUGGACAGUGAGAUCCGCUGCCUGGACGAUCCUCCUGCCCAGAUAAGAGAGGAGGAAGAUGAGAUGGAGGCCACUGUGGCCUCGGGCACGGCCAAGGGAGCAAGAAGGCGGCGGCAGAACAACUCAGCCAAACAAUCUUGGCUACUGAGGCUGUUUGAGUCCAAACUAUUUGACAUCUCCAUGGCCAUUUCAUACCUGUAUAACUCCAAGGAGCCUGGAGUGCAAGCAUACAUUGGCAACCGGCUCUUCUGCUUUCGCAAUGAGGACGUGGACUUCUAUCUGCCUCAGUUGCUUAACAUGUACAUCCACAUGGACGAGGACGUAGGUGAUGCCAUCAAGCCCUACAUAGUCCACCGUUGCCGCCAGAGCAUUAACUUUUCCCUCCAGUGUGCCCUGUUGCUCGGGGCCUACUCUUCAGACAUGCACAUUUCCACUCAGCGACACUCCCGUGGGACCAAGCUACGGAAACUGAUCCUCUCAGAUGAGCUGAAGCCAGCUCACCGAAAGAGGGAGCUGCCCUCCUUGAGCCCAGCCCCUGACACAGGGCUGUCUCCCUCUAAAAGGACUCACCAGCGCUCUAAGUCAGAUGCCACCACCAGUAUAAGUCUCAGCAGCAAUCUGAAACGAACAGCCAGCAACCCCAAAGUGGAGAAUGAGGAUGAGGAGCUCUCUUCCAGCACCGAGAGUAUUGAUAAUUCAUUCAGUUCCCCUGUCAGACUGGCUCCUGAGCGAGAAUUCAUCAAGUCCCUGAUGGCAAUAGGCAAGCGGUUGGCCACACUCCCCACCAAGGAGCAGAAAACACAGCGGCUGAUCUCAGAGCUCUCCCUGCUCAACCAUAAGCUCCCUGCCCGAGUCUGGCUGCCCACUGCCGGCUUUGACCACCACGUGGUCCGCGUACCCCAUACCCAGGCUGUUGUCCUCAACUCCAAGGACAAGGCUCCCUACCUAAUCUAUGUGGAAGUCCUUGAAUGUGAAAACUUUGACACCACCAAUGUCCCCGCUCGGAUCCCUGAGAACCGAAUCCGGAGCACACGGUCUGUAGAGAACCUGCCCGAAUAUGGUAUCACCCAUGAGCAGCGGGCAGGCAGCUUCAGUACUGUGCCCAACUAUGACAACGAUGAUGAGGCCUGGUCAGUGGACGACAUAGGAGAGCUACAGGUGGAGCUUCCUGAAGUGCACACCAACAGCUGUGACAACAUCUCCCAGUUCUCUGUGGACAGCAUCACCAGCCAGGAGAGCAAGGAGCCUGUGUUCAUUGCAGCAGGGGACAUCCGACGGCGCCUUUCGGAGCAGCUGGCGCACACGCCCACAGCCUUCAAACGAGACCCAGAAGACCCUUCUGCAGUUGCUCUCAAAGAACCCUGGCAGGAGAAAGUACGGCGGAUCAGAGAGGGCUCCCCCUAUGGCCAUCUCCCCAAUUGGCGGCUCCUGUCAGUCAUUGUCAAGUGUGGGGAUGAUCUUCGGCAGGAGCUGCUGGCCUUCCAGGUGUUGAAGCAACUGCAGUCCAUUUGGGAACAGGAGCGAGUGCCCCUGUGGAUCAAGCCAUACAAGAUUCUUGUGAUUUCGGCUGACAGUGGCAUGAUUGAACCAGUGGUCAACGCUGUGUCCAUCCACCAGGUGAAGAAACAGUCACAGCUCUCCUUGCUCGAUUACUUCCUGCAGGAGCAUGGCAGUUAUACCACUGAAGCAUUCCUUAGUGCCCAGCGCAAUUUUGUGCAAAGCUGUGCUGGCUACUGCUUGGUUUGCUACCUGCUACAAGUCAAGGACAGACACAAUGGGAACAUCCUUUUGGACGCAGAGGGCCACAUCAUCCACAUCGACUUUGGCUUCAUCCUGUCUAGCUCACCCCGAAACCUGGGCUUUGAGACGUCAGCCUUUAAGCUGACCACAGAGUUUGUGGACGUCAUGGGGGGCCUGGAUGGCGACAUGUUCAACUACUACAAGAUGUUGAUGCUGCAGGGGCUGAUUGCUGCUCGGAAACACAUGGACAAGGUGGUGCAGAUCGUGGAGAUCAUGCAGCAAGGUUCUCAGCUUCCUUGCUUCCAUGGCUCCAGCACCAUCCGCAACCUCAAAGAGAGGUUCCACAUGAGCAUGACUGAGGAGCAGCUCCAGUUGCUGGUGGAGCAGAUGGUGGACGGCAGCAUGCGGUCUAUCACCACCAAACUCUAUGACGGCUUCCAGUACCUCACCAACGGCAUCAUGUGACACCCUCUUUCUCAGGCCCCAGAGUGGUGGGGCAUUCAGGGGACCCUCCCUGGGAGAAACUCCACCCACCCAUCCACCCACCCAUGGGAAAUGGAAGGCAAGAAAUACAAAGGAUCAUGUGGUGACUGCAGAGCUUGCCAGGGGGAGCCAGCUGUGGGGUCCAGACUUGUUGGGACUUCCCUGCUCCCAGUGGUGUCGGUAUUAUCACCUGACAGACUCCAGGACCCACUGCCCUCCCUCACCCCCCCCCCCCCGAGAGGUGACAAAUGUGGUUACUGGGCCUUUGUUCUCACCAGGGUCCGAGAGGUUCUUUCCACAGGCCAUCUUAAUCUGUUCUGGGUCCCAGGAAGGGAGAAGAGUGGGUUCUUGGUACUUAGGACUUGGUCCUGUGGUUUGCCUUUGGCCAUGCUGCUGCCUGAUUCUGUUCCCUCCCAGGGACUGACUCGUAGCCCGAGAUCCCCUUGGAAGGUGGGCCCUGGCACAGGGUCCCGCGCUUGCUGAGGUUCCCCAUCACAGGGGCCAGGAAGGGUUAUCACAACCCCUCCAAUAUGUGAGGGUAUUGGCCUAGCCACAGGGAAUUCCUUGCCCUGAUCCCUUCCCCACACCCAGGGAAAUAGCUCUCAAUUUUUAAAUUUUUGUUUGAAAUAAAGUCCUUAGUUAGCCAUCUGUGUCAUUUCUGAGUUGUAUUUUUUGGAGGGUGGGGGUGAGUGAUGAGGAAUGAACAGAUGCUUCAGUGUCCAAGACACAGAACGGGCCACAUAGAACAAGGGGGAGGAAGACUGCUUUUUCCUUGCUCCCUUGCUCAGUGCUACCUCUUCCCAGAGAAAGGCCUCCCCAAUUUGACUCUCACCCACUCCCAAGUCCACGUUGUCCAAGUCACAUAAAAGGAGCCUGAAUGGGGAUUAAACCACGAGCAGUUUUAAUGGUCUGGUUUUCUCCUUCCCAUUUCCCCCACUGUUAGUAUUAUUACUACAAGAAUAAAGGAUUCCUGAGAGCCUGUC